AUUCAAUGCGGCCUUCGCUCAACAUCCAUUACACAAACAAAACCAUCAUGUCGCCUUCGCAAGAUGGCUUUCCUCUCAGCCCUGACAGCCAAAUACCAGCCACUACCACACAAGAAGAACAUCACCUCCUGCAUCGCUCCCUCACCGAGAAGCUAUACAUGGUAGAAAGAGCCCACGGGGUCAACCUCCACCUCUCCAAUGACCAAACUGUCCUAGACGCCUGCGCCGGAGCAGCCGUUGCCAUAAUCGGCCACGGGAACGAGGAAGUGCACCAGGCGAUCAUCGCUUAACUCCAAAAGGUCAGCUACGUACACAUGCAGUCCUACACGACCGCUGCGGCAGAGCAGCUGGCAAAUUCCAUCCUCGAGGGGAGCCCAUACGGCCUUGAAAAGGCGUUCUUUUUCGGAAGCGGCAGCGAAGCCGUCGAGUCGGCGUUGAAGCUCGCUCGCCAGUAUUUAUUGAAAAGGGCGAGCCGCAAGGAAUGCAUUUUGUUGCCAGACGGGCAAAGUUAUCAUGGAAAUACCCUAGCUGCGAUGUCGCUCUCGGGUAAUAUGGCGAGGAAGGUGCC